GUAAAGAAACUUGCAUGUUUCUUUAAUAUGUAAUAGAUGACGCCAUCCGCCAUCUUGAUUGGAAGAAGAAGUUUGACAAGUGAAAAGUCAUCAUUAUUAAUAAAUUGUUUGAUUGUGAAAUUGUAAAAAGGAAUUGAUAAUUUUAUAAUAAACGUUUAAUGUCGUUUCCUUGUUUUCAGAGAAACACAAUUGUUUAUUUGAAUCAAUUCCAUAUAAAAAGAAAUAUAAUCUUAUAAAACGACAUUGCUAGUUAAAUACAGAAAAAUGGAGAAACUACUAUUUAAAUUUAUACUAAUGGGGUCAACGGAUGGAAAAACAAAUGUCAUAUGCAUAACCUCUAUUGAGACACCAGACGGACGUGUAUUUGAAGUCCCAGAUGAGUUAAGGCCAGUAAGUAAGCACACCGCUAUAUUAUCUUCUAAUGUAUAUACGAAGAUUAAAAAUUCACUAAAAAAAAGACAUCAGUCACGCACAGGCUGGAUCCCUUUAAAUAGUGAUUUGAAGGAAAUAUAUUUGGAUGAAGGUGAGAAUUUACAGUUUGGCGAACAGUAUUUAGAUGAGAUUAAAAGAGAGGCAAUUUCCUCAAACAACAACACUAAUAGCGAUGCACUAGAACAGAAAAACAUAGGAAAAAUUGCUGAUAGAUUUUUGAUGGAAAAAUUUUCAAAUAAAACAAUAAAUGCUGACCAAUGGAUUAGUGAAUUUGAGAGUGAAUGUGGGAGAUUCGAAAUUAUAAACAAUGAAGAGAAAAUUGAGAUUUUAAAACAUCGCCUCGAAAAACAGUGUGUUGAUUGGUAUAGUAGUAUGUUAAUAAAAUUGACAGUGAAUUCCGAAUGGGCAGUAUGGAAAGAUAACUUUUGUGAAACGUUUGGAAAUAAAGGUUGGUCCCAAGUAAAAUAUGCAUUUACAUUUAGAUUUCAAGCUGGAUCUUUACUGGAAUAUGCAACCAAAAAGGAAAGACUGCUAUUAGAGGUAAAUAAGCACAUCGACAUCCAAACAAUGAUGCAUCUUAUUGUGAUGGGAUUACCAGAUUAUAUUGUUGAUAAAAUUGAUAAAGAAACAGUAAAAUCUACUGCAAGCCUUUACAAUGAAAUUGGGAAACAUGAACAUGUAGCGAACAAAAAUAAUAUUAGCAGGUAUAAAAAAUAUACUUACGAUUAUAAAGGCAAGGCAAAUAAAACAAAACCAUGUAGAACUUGUGAAAAUUUAAAUAAAGUUAAAAUAAAAAAUGUCUUGUCCUGCAACACAACCGAGGAUAUCACCCGGGCCAUAAGGAAUCAAAAUAAACACAUGACUGCACACCUGGAGGAAAGGGACCUGGAAAUAACUGAAAAAUAUAGAAGAAAGGCGAGAAACCCUCUGGAGAGCCACGUGGUCCUUCAGGUAACGCCUAAACUUUGGCAAGCGUUAACAUCGGCUGGCAGGAUACACGUGGACCUGCAGAGGACCGAGGUGUGCAGCCAUUGUGGAGGAGCCCACAUGAGGGCUGAUUGCCAGAUGCACAAGGACGGAAAGCCUCCCAGUUGCAUAAACUGUAAAGACGUAAAAGGAAAAACGUGGAGCACGGCGCCUUCAGCCAGAGCUGUCCAACCCGACAGGGGCGAACCUUGA